UUCUCCGCGAUCGACAAACUAUAUACUUAUAUACGAUAUGCUCAAGUAUCUGAUCGUAACUCUGGCCCUGUGUGCUGUGGGCAAAGCCGAAGACUGGAAGCCUAAACAUGGCAUGGAGAACGCGAAAAUCCAAAUGGAUUGUUUGCAGGAAAACCCGCUAAGCAGCGAAACGAGGGCCCAGCUGAGGAACGUUAUCCUUCCCGACGAACCAGAUGUGCGUAAAUAUCUGACCUGUAUGGCCAUCAAGUGGGGCAUCUUCAGCGAGCAACACGGCUACAAUGCCGAACGUCUAGCUAAGCAAUUGAAUUUAGGCCUGCCCGAGGAGGAGGCCCUGCAGAUCGCCCAGGGCUGCAUCGACGACAACUCGCAGAAGAGUCCCACAGAUGUGUGGGCUUUCCGGGGAAACCAGUGCGUAAUGGCCAGCAAGAUAGGCGACACCAUUAAGGCCUUUAUGGAGGCAGAGAUGAAAAGAUUGCCGCGGGGUAGGAUGUAAACAAUGCUCUUGUAAUAAUUAAUAAAUGUAACAUCCAAUAUCAUUUCUCCAAAAA